AUGGGCGCCCUGUUCCGCAGCGAGGAGGUCUGCCUGGCGCAGCUCUUCCUGCAGUCGGCCUCGGCCUACACGUGCGUCAGCGAGCUGGGCGAGCGGGGGCUGCUGGAGUUCAGGGACCUGAACCCCAACGUGAGCGCGUUCCAGCGGCGCUUUGUGGGCGAGGUGCGGCGCUGCGAGGACAUGGAGAAGACCUUCACUUUCCUGCAGCAGGAGCUGCGCAGGGCCGGGCGGGCACUGGGGCCGUGCGUGGAUAACCCGCCGGCACCGCCGGCGCGCGACGCCCUGCGCAUCCAGGAGCAGUCGGAGCAGCUGGCGCAGGAGCUGCGCGAGGUCAGCCGCAACCGGGAGUCGCUGCGCGGGCGCCUGCGCGAGCUCCGCGAGUACCUGCAUGUCCUGCGAGAGGGCCAGCGCUUCACCAGCCUCCCGGCGCCGCUGGGCUCCCCACCGCGGCCCCGGGCGCACUCUGAGCGCGAGCCCCUCCUUGACCCGUCCGUGAGCCAGCAUCUCGACCGCAAGAUCAACUUUGUGGCCGGCAUCGUGCACCCAUGGCGGGUGAGCGCCUUCGAGCGGCUGCUGUGGCGCGCCUGCCGUGGCUACCUGGUGGCCAACUUCGUGGAGAUGCCCGAGCCCAUGGAGGACCCGGCCACGGGUGAGAGCAUCACCUGGGUCAUCUUCCUCAUCUCCUACUGGGGCGAGCAGAUAGGGCAGAAGAUCCGCAAGAUCUCCGACUGCUUCCACUGCCACRUGUACCCCUACCCCGAGAGUGAGACGAGCCGCAAGGAGACCCUGUCGGGGCUGCUCAGCCAGAUCCAGGACCUCAGCAUGGUGCUGGAGGAGACGGAGCAGUACUUGGCGCAGGUGCUGGACAAGGUGCUGCUGGUGCUGCCCACAUGGCGGGUGCAGGUGCAGAAGAUGAAGGCUGUCUACCUGGUGCUCAACCAGUGCAGCUUCGACGUCACUGAGAAGUGCCUCAUCGCCGAGGUCUGGUGUCCCGUGCAGGACCUCACGCAGGUGCAGGAGGCCCUGCGCCAGGGAUCGUACAAGAGUGGCUCGAGCGUGGAGUGCUUCGUGCAGCGCAUUCCCACCUCGGAGAGCCCACCAACGCUCAUCCGCACCAACAAGUUCACCGCUGGCUUCCAAAGCAUCGUGGAUGCCUACGGGGUGGCCAGCUACCAGGAAGUGAACCCGGCACCCUAUGCCAUCAUCACGUUCCCCUUCAUCUUUGCCAUCAUGUUCGGGGAUGUUGGUCACGGGCUGCUCAUGUUCCUCUUUGCGCUCUGGAUGGUGCUGUAUGAGAAUAGCCCCAGCUUGCGGCAGGCCAGCAACGAGAUCUGGCUGACGUUCUUUGAAGGGCGCUACCUCAUUCUGCUCAUGGGGGCCUUCUCCAUCUAUACGGGCUUCAUCUACAACGAGUGCUUCAGCAAAGCCACAGUCAUAUUCCCCUCGGCCUGGAGCGUGGCCACCAUGGCCAACCACUCCUCCUGGAGUUCAGACUACCUCGCUGUUCACCCAUCCCUCACCCUGGACCCCAACAUCACAGGUGUCUUCCAAGGGCCCUACCCAUUUGGGAUCGACCCAAUCUGGAGUUUGGCCACCAACCACCUCAACUUCCUCAACUCCUUCAAGAUGAAGAUGUCCGUGGUGCUGGGCAUUGUGCACAUGGGCUUUGGGGUCCUCCUGGGGGUCUUCAACCAUGUGCACUUCSGGCAGCGACACCGGCUGGUGCUGGAGUUCCUGCCCGAGAUGAUCUUCCUCCUGGCCCUUUUUGGCUACCUCGUCUUCCUCAUCUUUUACAAGUGGAUCAGGUUCAGCGCUGUCAACUCCCUGGUGGCCCCCAGCAUCCUCAUUCACUUCAUCGACAUGUUCCUCUUCACUUCCAACAAGGAGAACCUUCCGCUUUAUGAGGGGCAGGUGCCCGUGCAGACUGUACUGGUGGUGCUGGCUCUGGCAUCGGUGCCUGUCCUGCUCCUGGGGACACCCCUCUACUUGUACUGCCGCCAGCGCUCUUGGCGAAUGCGCCAGCCUGCGCCUGGGACUGGAGCGGGGCAGGAGCCGCUGCUGGAGGGGCAGGAAGCUGGCAACUCUGUCAACGCCACCAAGGAGGACGUGGAGAGUGGGGCACAUGGCCACGAUGCCAAGCACUUGGACUUCUCCGAGGUGUUCAUGCACCAGGCCAUCCACACCAUUGAGUACUGCCUGGGUUGCAUCUCCAACACGGCGUCCUACCUGCGGCUCUGGGCCCUCAGCCUGGCACAUGCCCAGCUCUCCGAGGUGCUCUGGACCAUGGUGAUGCGCAAUGGCUUCGUGCGGCUGAGCUACGUGGGUGGCGUGGUGCUGGUGCCCGUCUUCGCCUUCUUYGCCGUGCUCACCGUGGCCAUCCUGCUGGUGAUGGAGGGGCUCUCRGCCUUCCUGCACGCCCUGCGCCUGCACUGGGUGGAGUUCCAGAACAAGUUCUAUGUAGGCGCCGGCUACAAGCUGUGCCCCUUCGCCUUCGCGACCAACGCCUGCGAGUAGGGCUGCCGCCUCCGUGCCUUUUGCGAGGAUGCUCUUGUUGCCCCUCCCUGACCGCUACUUCUCUGAGCCCUCCCCUCUGGCCUGGAGCAGUUUACCUUCUUUAUUUUAUUCUUCUUUUCCCCCUGCCCCUUCUUCCCCUUCUCAUUAUCGAUGGUGAACAAAUGACUGGGGCCCUGGCGCAGCGGUGAGGAAGCCGAGAUGUGCUGCAGUACCUGGGUGCCCACCUCGCCCUGCCCCUGGAGCGCAAGCAGGGGGCUCAGGGUGUCGGGGAGCCGUGUUGGAGAUCCGGGAGCAGUGGGGUAGGGCCACGUCCCCAGCACCCCGGGGAUGGAUGUAGGAUCCAUCCGCACCUUCCUCUGCUCUUCCAGCCUGAGCAGCCUCCACGUGCCCUGGGAGACUUUCUUCUGGAAGCAAAUAAAA